GUGUCGGCUAGCGCUUAGCUUCAGUCCUCAGCGGUAACUCGAACAGUGAACAUCAUCUAUCUACCUUACUCAGACAGUAGUGUGCACAGAAGAUAUUACAGAAACCAACAAGUCGGCGGGACCAACUGACGACGACAGUGAGCCUUGUGAUUGUGAUUAAUAAAUAUUUAAACAGAAGAAACCGAAAACCGGUCCAAACAGCUGAUUGCAGUAAAGGCGGGCGCGUCCGUGGAUUAAAUUUGGAUUUUGAACUCUCGCGUAACGGAGGUGUUUGGACAGAAGUGAGACAGAUCGGGUCGAGGUGCGGUACGGUGCAAGUGAUUCUGGACUAAGUCGUCUGCCUUUCUUUAGUGAGACGGCGACAGCGGCGGUGAAACAACGCGCUACCGAACCAGCAGAGACUUCAACCGAUCCGCGUGCGCUUCAAUCAACGCAGAACGUGAUCUCCGCAAAUUCGAGUUCAAGAGAAUCUGAUUUCCCUGCCCCUUCUUUUGUAUUCAGUAGUGACAAAGAGCUGUUCAGCUGCCUUCUUCUUGGAAGAAAGAAAACUGAACAGAACGAACGCAUCCAUUGAAGAGGGUGGUGGUCAAGUGAUCGCGUUGCCGCGUCGUCAGAAGUGUUACGUAUACUGGCUGCCCACUUACUCAACGACGGGACUGUUCGGAGGAGGCAGUAAUUGAUAGCGUGAUCUGGGACGUCGUCGACAUCAGCGCCCAGUAGUGGUCGUCCGUCCAGCCAGCAGUCGUGUGACCGGGUGUUAUGCGGUGUCAAAGUGAUAAUUGAAUCUCGCUAAGGGAAGAAGAAAGCCGCAAUCAGCGCCAAUCGAGAGCAAUUUCCAGUCGACAUAGAACACCGUCAGUUUUGUUGAGUGAAUCAAGUGCCAAUUGCCUCCCUAGGGAUCGUCCUCUUUAAGGCUAAAAAUAGUGAUAGAAUAGUUUUACAGUUUUGUCGUGGUUGUUGCUAGUCUCAAAGCAAAAAAAAAAUGGCGACGAACGUGUUGAUCAGAUUGAUUUUCACUUUGCUCGUAACGAGCAAAUGUAUAGAUAGUGCAAACAUUUUGGCUAUAUUUCCGGUGCCGUUCAAAGAACAUCAGCUGGUUUACAGGCCGCUAAUAGAGCGGCUGGCAAAUGGAGGACAUCACAUAACGCUGCUGACGACGGAUCCAAUCGACUUGCACGUGGCCGGAAGCGGAGCCCUAGUCGAAAGGAUACAGCAGAUCGAUGUAAGUUUUGUGUACAACCUUCCCGUUCUGGAAGACCUGAACACGGUCAGCUUGGAUGCGAAGGACAUGUUAAGAAAGAUCUUCAACGUGAUGAGAAAGAUCUCCGAAGCCGAACUGCAACACCCAUCGGUGCAAGACCUAAUCAAAGACGACAACCACUUUGACUUGGUAAUGGUCGAGUGGUCCGGUGUGACCCUCAUGAACGCUUUCGCCCACCACUUCAAGGCCCCUCUGGUUGGGAUCACCAACGGGGGAGCCUUCAUCAACGCCCACGAAGCGUUCGGUAAUCCAAAUCACCCAGUUGGCUAUCCAAGCAUAUUCAUGCCGUUCUCCGAGGAUUUGAACCUGCUGCAGCGUAUUUCCAGCGUAUUCUUCACCAUUUGGUACCGCGUUUACUACUACACCCGCGAGAUUCCAAAGCAGAACGUAAUCGCCCGAGCAAAUAUCGACUCCAACCUCCCAGAUCUUCUCGACAUCGAGGAAAGUGCCGACCUGCUCCUAAUCAACUCCUACCAAGCGCUCGGAAAUGUUCGCCCGGUUGGGCCCACUACAAUCUACCUUGGUGGAAUCCACCGUAAGCUGAAGCUCGGAGACGACAUGACGGAAGAUCUCGCUUUGUUUUUGGAACAUUCGCCGGAACCGAUCGUUUACGUUAACCUGGACCUUGAUCCAGUGACGGAUUACUACCGCUUGGAAAAGAUCGUCGCAGCUCUGGAAACGUUGGAUGCCACAGUCGUGUGGAACUGGAACCAGGGACAGUUCGUUAAUACAUCGACACGGAUUUACCAAUCUUAUAACUUGCCGCAGGAGGAAAUUCUCGCACAUCCGAAGGUGAAGCUGUUCAUCACCGGAGGCGGCCAGCGGAACAUCGAAGACGCUAUCCAUCACCGGGUUCCGGUCUUCGGUGUCAGCUAUUCCUCGCUGCUGGAGCACUACCUACGCCAGAUUGCCAAGUACGAAGCGGGCAUCAUUUCGCUGAUCGACUUCGAGACGCAACACACCAUCACCGACAAGCUGCAGGAUGCCUUCCAGCUUGAAAACUACCAAUCGAACAUGGACAAGCUCAACCGGCUGCUGGCGGACCAACCGUUGGAUUCGCUCGAGCGGGCAGCGUGGUGGAUUGAGUACGUCAUCCGGCACGGCGGGACGAAGCAUUUGCGCGCGCCGCAGCUCUCGUGGUUCCAGUAUUUGGUGCUAGAUGUCACGGUGACGGUUGCGAUCCUCGCUGCACUCGCCAUGCUGGCAGUGGUCUACUUUAUCGGCUGGGCGGUGCGUUACUCGAAGAGUUUACCAUUCGAAAUGGUAACGCGCGGUAGCCGCAAGUGCAAGCAGCUGUGAGAUUGGAAGCCGUGUUGUGCGCGGGAUGGAAUGGAACUCUACGACUGACAGCAUAUACCAUGCGGCAGCAGCUGAUGUUCUGCCGUUUGCCAAAACGUACGCGCGUUGUCGCGUAGGCACGCGUAAGAUGAGCACUUGAGAAAUGAAAAGUGAACAGGUUCAAUUAGAUUAGGUGUUCAUCGUUAUUAUUAAGGACAAAUUAAUUGUGAUAUUAGCUUUAAGCGACACUUGUUCAAUAAAACUCGGUUUGAAACGUA